AUGGCCAGUCUAAGUGCUGUGAGAGUUGCUGCUAGAUCACAACCUGCUGAGAAGGCUUUAAUCGUUUUCCAUGGCCUUGGAGAUUCUGGUCAUGGAUGGUCCUUUUUGGCGGAUUAUUUGCAAAGAGAUCCAUCCUUCAGGAGUACAAGAUUCAUAUUCCCUAAUGCCCCCACUAUACCAAUUAGUUGCUAUUCUAAUAUGCAAGCAACAGGAUGGUUUGAUAUACCAGAUAUGGGAUUCUCUCAAGAGAUGAAAGCUGAUGUCGAAGGUACUUUGAGAUCUGUUGGUACUGUGCAAGCAUUUGUCCAGGAACAGAUCGAUAAAGGUAUAAGGCCUGAAAAUAUAAUGGUAGGUGGGUUUUCACAAGGUGCUGCUCUAGCAUUAGCAGCCUCAGCACUGUUGCCUUUCAAGAUUGGUGGAUUUUUCUGCCUAUCAGGAUUCUGUCAGAUCCAAUCAAGACUAAUGCAGCUGAAGAACAACAACAACCUAGAAACCCCUAUGUUCCAUGGUCAUGGUGAUGAAGACCCCAUUGUAUGGUUUUCUCGAGGUCAAGAAGCCUACGAAUUCUUUACGAGGGAAGUGGGACUCAGAAACUAUGAAUUUCAUGUCUACAAGGGAAUGGAACACUCAUCAUCACCAAAAGAAUUACAGGAACUGGUUCAAUUCAUCAAGAACUGCUUGCAUUUGAAUAAUUGA